AUGGCCUCCACCGGUGAACCUUUCUAUAUCCGAUACUACUCAGGUCACUCCGGUCGAUUCGGCCAUGAAUUUCUAGAGUUCGAUAUUAGAGUAGUAGGCGAUGGUCGAAGUGCCGUAGCUCGAUAUGCAAACAACUCCAACUACAGGAACGACAGUCUAAUCCGAAAAGAGAUGUGCGUUAGUUCGUUGGUGGUAGAUGAGAUCAAGCGCAUCGUCAAAUCGAGCGAGAUCAUGAAGGAAGACGACGCCAAAUGGCCACAGAAGAAUAAGGAUGGUAGACAGGAAUUAGAGAUUCGCGUGGGCAACGAUCACAUAUCAUUCGAGGCGACUAAGAUUGGUUCCCUAAUCGACGUGACGGAAUCGGCAGACCCCGAAGGACUACGGGUAUUCUACUACCUGGUACAAGAUCUAAAGGCUCUUGUUUUCAGCUUGACAUCACUUCAUUUCAAGAUCAAACCCAUCUCGUGA